GCGCGCGCUCACCGCAAGUUCACCAUGAAGGCGUGUUGUGGACUCUUGCUGCUUCCCCUUGCUUGCUCUGCUUUCCAGCUCCCCUUCAAGGUCCCCUUUCUAUCUUCGAACUCGCUUGUGGAACCGGAGGCGCCAUCGGGGACACCAAGGAUCGCAAUCAUCGGCGCUGGCGCUGGCGGAAGCUCUGCGGCAUUCUGGAUCGCGAAGGCAAAGGAGCGCUUCGGUCUCGACGUUGAGGUCGACGUGUAUGAGAAGGACUCUUACGUUGGAGGACGGAGCACGACAGUCUACCCCUACAAUGAUACGACAUUACCUGCUGUAGAGCUCGGCGGAUCUAUAUUCGUCGAAGCGAACAAGAACAUGUGGAGGGCCUCACAGGAAUUCAACCUGACCCUUAAAGACUUCAAUGACAAGGACAGCACUAUGGGGGUAUGGGACGGCACGUCGAUCCUAUUCUCCGCCGGUGACGGCUGGUGGGAUAACGCCAAACUACUUUGGAGGUUCGGGAUGGCACCGCUCAAGGCAAAGUGGAUCACGGACGACAUAGUCAAGAAGUUCCUUCGCCUGUACUCAUACGACCACCCCAAGUGGGACAACAUACGGGACCUCGCCGGACAGCUCGGCGUCGCACAACUCGUCGAGGAUACGGGGGAGGACUUCUUCCGCGGCAAGGGCGUGUCAGAGAAAUUCGUGUUCGAGUUGAUUGAGGCCGCCACGCGCGUUAACUACGGGCAGAACGUCGACGACCUGCACGCUUUCGGGGCGACUGUAUCCAUGGCCACGAACGGCGCCACGGGAAUCCAGGGCGGUAACUACCAGAUCUUUGAGCACUUCUUGAACUACUCUGGCGCGAACGUCUACCUCAACACGCCCGUCACGAGCAUCAGCGACUCGCAGACGUUCUGGACCGUGCGCACCGCGGGCUCUGCCAAGGCGUACAAGGCUGUCAUCUUCGCUGCGCCUAUCCACUCGUCCGGGAUUGCUAUCAACGCGCCGAACGCUGUCGAAGUCCCCGAUGUGCCCUACGUGCGACUGCAUGUCACCCUCCUCUCCACGACCUCCCCUCGCCCGAAUCCGACAUACUUCAACGCGAAAGUGGAGGAGGUCCCGUCGAUGAUCCUCACCACCUACGACGGCGCGCGCAACAACGGUAGCGUCCCCGAAUUCAACUCGCUCUCGUAUCAUGGCGCUAUCCGUGAGGGAGAGUGGGUCGUGAAGAUAUUCUCGCAGCAGGAGAUUUCCGACGAGUGGCUGAGCGAGAUGUUCUUGGGGCAGGUGGGGUGGGUGUAUCGGAAACAGUGGGACGCCUACCCGAAGCUUCUACCCAAUUCGCCGAUGCCACCCGUCAAGCUCGAUACGAACUUCUACUACGUCAACGCCUUUGAACCGUUCAUUUCGACGAUGGAGACCGAGACAGUUGCGGCACGCAACGUCGUCGACUUGCUCCUCAACGAGGCCUUUGGUGCCAGCAUUUGUGGCCGUAGCCUUACUGGCCCCGACUCCAGCCGAACGCAAGACCCGAAAUACACUUACGGAUGGGACUGCUGAGAGGCCUACCGAUUGGCGGACGGUCGGACCCUCAGAAUCUCAGACCCGUGCCACACCGUGAUACUCAGAAGGGGCUGCUGCGAGAUAAGGGAAGAACCGUCAGGCAGUACUGGCGCGGUCCUUAACCCGACCAGAAUCUUGCCACUAUGGAAUUCGGGAUGGCGUUGCAGAUGGACAGGAAUAUUUAUGAAUGGCCAGGGCAAGGGCGGAGGGCUCAAGUCUAUUUCUCCAGUGACGUCUACCGACAUCUAUAUUGCACUUACCAUGAUAGCUACAAGAAUUCAUAGCGAAAUGCCUCCAGCGAUUUUG